UAGGCGGGUUGACGUCCGCCAUAACACACGAAGAGGAAGAUCAGCACCAAAUAUUGUUAUGAAGCAGUCAGCUGACUGAGCUAAAGCGGACCCUAAAAUAAUAAAUCUGUUCUUUCUAAGAGGGAAUUAACAGCCAUUCGUCUGAGAAAAUGGCAUUUAUCACGGCCAACUGGAACCCGCUGGGAGAAACCUUCUAUCGGAAGACAGAGCUGUAUGACAUGACGUGGAACGUACGUGACGGACUCCGGGAAAGCUUGGUGGCUGCAGCUCCGUACGGAGGACCCAUAGCUCUUCUUCGAGAACCUCACAGACGUUCUCCAAGUUCCCGUCCUCAGUUGGAGAUUUAUUCUGCAUCAGGAACUGCUAUUGCCAGUUUCCCUUGGAAGAGUGGUCCCGUCAUCCAUCUGGGUUGGACAGUCUGUGAUGAGUUGUUGUGCAUUCAGGAAGAUGGAACAGUUCUGGUCUAUGACCUUUUUGGCUCCUUCAAGCGCCACUUCAGUAUGGGUCAGGAAGUAGUACAGUCUCAGGUGCUGGAAGCCAAGGUGUUCCACUCUCCUUAUGGAACAGGUGUUGCCAUAGUGACAGGCUCCUCUCGCUUCACCUUGGCAACAAACAUUGAUGACUUGAAGCUGCGCCGGUUACCUGAAGUACCAGGUUUACAGGGGAAGCCAUCAUGCUGGGUCAUCCUGACUCAGGACCGUCAGACUAAAGUCCUCCUAUCCACGGGGCCUGAGCUCUACAUCCUGGACAACACUUCAUGCACUGCUGUGUGUCCUCCAGGUCUUAGUCCUCAGACAUGCAGCAUUGUCCACAUGUGUGUGUCUUUCAGCUAUCGGUACCUGGCUCUGUUCACAGACACUGGACACCUAUGGACAGGGUUCUCCAACCUCCAGGAAAAACUAAGUGAAGUCGACACAAAGAAGACAACAGCACCCAAGCACAUGCUCUGGUGUCGCAGACCACAGAGCCAGCAGCCUUCAGUGGUUUUAAUGUGGGACAGGCUGCUCAUGGUGGUUGGCCAGUGUCACGACACAGUCCAGUUUCCUGUAGAGGAUCCAUGUGUUUUGGUGGGAGAAAUGGACGGAGUUCGGAUCAUCAGUUCAGCCAGUCAGGAGAUGCUUCAGGAGGUUCCUUUGGUUUGUCAGGACAUCUUCAAGAUCGCCUCCAUGGCUCCUGGAGCGCUGCUGCUGGAGGCUCAUCGGGAGUAUGAGAAGUCGAGUCAAAAGGCUGAUGAAUAUCUGAGAGAGAUAAAGGAGCAAAGCAUGCUGAGGGAGGCCGUGCGACAGUGUGUGGAGGCAGCCGGUCACGAGUAUGACCCCAAAACCCAGAAAUCCCUGCUCAGGGCAGCAUCCUUUGGAAAGUGCUUCCUCACAGACUUCAGCCCGGACUCGUUCGUUCAGACAUGCAGAGAACUGCGAGUCCUGAACGCUGUCAGGGAGAGCAGCGUGGGUCUUCCACUCACCCACGUCCAAUUCAAGCAGAUGACUCUGCAGGUGCUGAUUGAUCGGUUGGUGUAUCGGAGGUUUUACCCUUUGGCCAUAGAGAUCUGUCAUUAUCUAAAGAUUCCUGAUUAUCAGGGAGUGAGCCGAGUCCUCAAACACUGGGCUUCCUGCAAGGUGCAGCAAAAGGACUUGUCAGAUGAGGCCAUAGCUCGAGCAGUGUGUGUAAAGGUGGCAGACUCACCUGGAGUAUCUUACUCUGACAUCGCAGCCAAGGCCUAUGAAUGUGGAAGGACAGAACUUGCCAUCAAGCUCCUAGACUUCGAACCUCGGUCUGGGGAGCAGGUUCCUCUACUGCUGAAAAUGAAGCGGAGUCAGCUGGCGCUGAGCAAGGCGGUGGAGAGUGGAGACACGGACCUGGUGUACACAGUGGUGAGUUACCUCAAGAACGAGAUGAACAGGGGAGAUUUCUUCAUGACUCUGAGGAACCAGCCAGUUGCUCUCAGCUUAUACAGACAGUUCUGUAAGCUGCAGGAGCAAGACACUCUGAGAGAUCUUUAUAACCAGGACGAUGACCACCAGGAGCUGGCCAACUACUAUGUGUCUGCCAGUUACCGAGAGAAGCGGUUGGACGCACGCCUGUCUGUCCUGCAGAGUGCCGUCGAUGAAUACAACAAGUCCAAGAAUGAGUUUGCUGCUAAGGCCACGGAGGAUGAGAUGCGCCUCCUUCGCUUUCAAAGAAAACUGGAUGAUGAGAAAGGAGCAGGACUUCUGGGUCUGUCUCUGCAGGCGACCAUGGAGGCUCUGCUGGCGCUGGGCCUCUACAAACAGGCAGAACAACUUUACAGAGAUUUUAGAGUUCCUGACAAAAGAUAUUGGUGGUUGAAGCUGAAGUCUCUGGCAGAAAAGGAGGAGUGGGACGAGUUAGAAAAGUUCUCCAAGAGCAAGAAGUCUCCUAUUGGCUACCUGGCAUUUGUUGAGGUUUGUAUGAAGUACAACAACAAGUAUGAAGCUAAGAAGUAUGUGUUGAAAGUAACGCCUGAGCAGAAGGUUAAAGCUCACCUCGCCAUCAGUGACCUGGAGGGAGCAGCAGAUGCUGCCAUUGAACGACGCAAUGAUGCAGAAAUCGGGGCGGUGCUCGCCAAGUGUCCCACCUCCGACCAGCUGCUGAUGGAGAAGUUGAACCGAGCCCGAGCUGCCAUCACUAAGAAGUGAUCGCGAUGAGCACAGUUGAACUGUCAGAACCAGACGGGAGAAGCAGAUGAGCUCAGAGGGAUCACAUGCUCUGCACCUGUACACUGAUUCCCACAUGUUAUCUGUAUCAAUAACAAAAUAAACACCCACCUUUUUCUGAACUGCUCAGGAUCUUUGGGCAGAGGAGGAGGAGGUGGUAAGGAGUCCCUGUGCGAGCCGCCGUGGUGGAGACAUGUACAUAAUAAUACAAAAAUUGCUUUACCUUGACUUUACCUGUGUCUUUACACUCUGGACUUUAAGGACACCAAACAGAUGCUGGUUCAUGGUUGUUAACCAGGAUGCUCAAGUAGUGAAGGUCUUUAAUGUUAUUACGAUUACAGCUGUUUGUUCCUCUCAAGUCUCUGCUGAGGACCUGGAAGGAGCCGAGUGACCUGGACAGACCCGACCUGGGCACCUCCCAAUGGGCUGAAAAUAUGAACAUAAGCAACAGUAACUGUAUCACACUGUCAUGUCAAACAUAAACGGUCCUUGAUGUGUAUUGUCAA